GGCAGCCGGGGCAGUUCCCUGACGGUUGGGGUAGAGCUGCGCCGCGGCCGCCGGCGGGAUGGUGAGCACAGGCUUCUUCCAGCUGCUGCGGAAAAAGAAAGAACUCAUCCCCCUGGUCGGGUUUGUGACCUUCGCCGCGGUGGGGGCUGUCUCUGCUUGUGUCUAUGCCUUGGUCAGCAAGACGGACGUCAUUAUUAACAAGUCUGGUAAUCCAGAACCUUGGGAAAAAGUGGAUCCUACCAAGCCUAGAAAGCUCUUAACAUUCUACCAGGAAUGGAAACCCAUAGAAGAGCUGGAAGAGGUCAAAAAGAUGAUGAAGUAAAGAGUUGCCAUUGCCUCAAAGGUACUCUAUGAAUCUAGUGGAAUCAUUUCUGCACAAACUCGACUACUGAAAUCAGUGUGCGGAAAUGCUUCUGCUACAUUUUUAGGGUCUCCCUACAUUUUUGGACUCUGGAUGAGGAUUUUCAAUUUGCCUUAGAAGUUUUUCUUCAAUAUCCACCCAGUCCAAAAAUAAAGAUUUCUUUCAAAUAUUCAUUCCCAAUAUUUAACUUGAUGUACAAGUUCAGUAUUCAAAGUAUUAACAGUAUGAAGCAUGCUUCAUUCAUGCAUGAGUUCUUUUUGUAGAUUGUUGAUUUUUAUGUUCCUUACAAUAUAUUUUAAUUUUGUAAUUUUAUCAUUUUUUUUUUCCUAAUAAUAAAAUAAGCUUUUAUAUUUAGACUUUUUUUCCCCAGAGUUUCCUGUAACUUCAGUCAUAAGUGUGAAUGUCUCAAUACUCUUUUCUGAAGCUCCAGAGUAAGAUUUCUGGUCAGCUACUUCUCUUUAUGUCAUAUUUUAGUGAUGGAUAUAGACAAUGCCAGGAAGCCUUUGCAGUUAGGGACUGUGUGCGCAAUGGCAACAUAAGAUGGUCAUAAAAAACAGAGGCAUAAUGAAAAAAUUUAGUUAGCUCCCAGCUGAGAUAUGUUUAACGGUUUGGAUGUAGAAUAAAUGCUCAGACCUCAAUACUGCAAAGACUUACAGCUUUGUGUGCUUAAUUUUGCAAACUAGGAGUAGUCCUAUAGAAGAUAGUACUUUGCAGGAUCUGGACCUAAGACUUUAAUAUGACUAAAAUAAGAGUGUUUUAAGAAUCUUUUACACUUGUAAGUGUUUGCUGUUCAUUCUUGUGAGAACGUUGUUAAAUUAAAAUGAAGUUAGACAAAAUAGCAUAUUAAAUUGAUUCUUUUUAUUGUACAUGCCAUUUUAAAUUUAGAAUGCAAUUCCCAACCCAAAUUAUUAAAUGAUUAAAAAGUAAGCAGCCUUAACAGCAUGUAGAAAGAUCAGAAAAAAAAAAUUUAAAAAUAAGAUCUACUUAUAAGAAUCAUAGAAAAGUAGGGCUGGACAGCACCUUCAGAGGUCAUCUAGUCAACUCCCCACCAGAGGCAGGAACAUCUCUAUCCAAGCCAUCCUAUACAAAUCCAUUGUCUAACCUAUUAGUAAAACUACACAAUCAACCUUGACACAACCACAAGAUAUAACACCCCAACCUGACACAGGUAAGGUAGAGGGACAACAGUGGCCAAUGUGCUGCUGCUUCAAGGGUUAUCACAAUACGCUUAAAAGAUCCAAGGAAGAUGGCCAUACAGGCAUGCACAUAUGUGCAUGUGCACACUAUUCUCCCCCGCCCCACAAGGAAAGCAAAACCCCCCCACAGUCUGUUCCAAUCUGACCAUGGGGGAAAAAUAAAAAGAGAGAGAAGGAAUUUCCUAUUUAAUAAUUUACAUUUUUCCUAAUGAUAUGUUAGUGCAGGGAUGCAACAGAAACCCCAGAGCUGAUGUGGAGAUAUCUUCUCUUCCCAAUGCAUGAGCAGAGUUCAUCUGCCUCCAGUUGUGGAACAGUCUCCUUGGAAUCACCCCUCUUCCUAUUCUGAAUAUAACUUCUCUCCCAGUAGCAUCUUUAUACUAUAUGAUUUUUCACUGCCAUACGCUGUAUAUCUGAAGUGCAUAGCACUUCUGGAGUCAUACACUUGUUGCAAUAAAGAAAGCAAAACAGGGAACCAUUAGAUGACCUCCAUUCCUAAAUGUCUUGCAAUAUGUGAGAAUAAUGUCUCUUCAUUUGAAGACA